AUGGAUCACCUACUUACAAUCAAGCAGGAAGAAGGUGAAUCAUUGAGAUCAUAUGUGAAAAGGUUUAACAAGGAGGUGUUGGAAGUAGACGAAGCUGAAGACAAAAUGCAACUGACCACAUUCAAAGCUGGGUUAAAAUCCAAAGAAUUUGUGGUCACCCUCGUGAAAAGUCCUCUCGAAUCAAUGGCAGAAAUGCUGUUAAAAGCCCAGAAAUACAUGAAUGCGAAAAAUGCUUUGGCCGUGAUUGAACAAGGGGACGAAAGGAAAGACAAAAGGAGCAUUCAAGAAGACCCAAAAGGGAAGAAGAGAGAAAGAGGAGAUCAUUCAUCCAAUCGCGAUAGCGUCAAAAGAAGAGACGACAAGCCUCGAGGACGGUAA